AUGGUAGCAACGCGCAAGGGACAAUCAACAACGACUCAACCAAUCCCUAAUCUCGGGAGCAAUCCCGUUAUGACCAACCAAGAGCGUUACCCGUACGGAAUGCCUCAAACACAAACCGAACCCGUGAUACAAGAGGUUCAACCUAAUACCGACCAUGCUCAGCCCGACCUCCAAGACGACUUGCGCGCAUUGUGCGAAGAAAUGGCCGUUAUCCGAAGACAAAGAGAAGCCGACGCCAGGGAGUUGGCCGAACUGCGCCGCCGGAACGCCGAGCUUCGAAGCCUCAACCAGACAUAUGUGUCGUCAACUCCCACUCUCCAGGAGGAAUCAGCGUAUCAUGCCCCGACUGACCAUGUAACUCGAACACCAGCCACCUCUUUGGUGGCCAACAAGGCCGACACCCAUACUCACUCCCUGAGGCAUCCUUUCCCUCGAAGAAUAAUGGAGGCAACCCUAUUGGACCACUGGAAAAGUAUACCGAUCAACAAGUACGAUGGGUCAACCGACCCCGAGGAACACUUGAAUGUUUUCUUGACUCAAGCAACCCUCUCCACUCAAGACGACUCGGCUCUGUGCCGAAUAUUUCCCACGUCACUGAAGGGUAGGGCUUUGAGUUGGUUCACGAGGCUGCCAAACUCCUCCAUUGAUUCAUUUAGCGAGUUAUCAUCUGAGUUUACCCUACAAUUUGCGACGAGUAAGCCGUACAGGACGACCUCGUUAGCUUUGACGGGGAUUCGGCAAGAGAAGAAGGAAAGUUUGAGAAGCUUUAUGGACCGGUUCAACAAAAUCGCCAUGGAGAUAGGUGAUCUUAACCCGGCCGUGGCCUUGGACCGGCUGAUCACCGCUCUGAAGCCGGGGCCCUUUGUGAAUAGCUUAUGUAAGAAACCACCGGUCGACAUGAAUGACCUCCGGCGCGGAGCCGAGAAGUAUAUGCAAAUGGAGGAGCUGGCGGAGACCCGAAACCAAGCUAGGGUUGAGGAGACUUACAGCAAGAAGGAACAAGGCCGGGAGCCCAUGAAAAAGACAAAUGCCGACCCCUCGAAUGCUCGCCCGCCGAGAGGACCGCGUUACACAACGUAUACUCCUCUCAACGCGAGCAGGGCCAAGGUAUUGGAGCAGGCCCUAGUAUCUGAAAUAUUGGUGAUGCCCAAGCGGGCGAACACACCUCCAAGAGCCGACACGGCUAAGUCAUGCCGAUUCCAUCGAAACCGGGGCCACUCGACAGAAGAAUGCUCAGCGUUAAAGGAUAAACUAGAGGACCUCAUCAAGCAAGGCCACCCCGAAAAAUUAGGGGGCUAA